GGCCUGGAACACGCGUAGGCUCAAAGCCAAUACAGAUUAUCUGUUUUGUCUUCCAGGGAUCGACUGCAGAGGCAAAACACAAACACAAAAGCAGCCAUGGUUGCCACCCACAAGGACCCGAGAGAGGAAGUCAUUCAAGCAUGGUACAUGGAUGAUAGUGAUGAGGACCAGCGACUCCCCCAUCAUCGCGAACCCAAGGAAUUUGUAUCCCUGGACCAACUUGCUGAGCUUGGGGUUCUCAGCUGGCGUUUAGAUGCUGAUAACUAUGAAACAGAUGAGGAGUUGAAGAAGAUUCGUGAAGACCGUGGUUACUCCUACAUGGACUUCUGUGAGGUUUGCCCUGAAAAGCUUCCAAAUUAUGAGGAGAAGAUAAAGAACUUCUUUGAGGAACAUCUUCAUACUGAUGAGGAAAUCCGCUAUGCUGUGGCAGGAAGUGGUUAUUUUGAUGUCAGGGACCGUAACGAACGCUGGAUUCGUGUAUGGGUGAAAAAGGGGGGAAUGAUUGUUCUGCCUGCUGGAAUCUAUCACCGGUUUACUUUGGACACAAACAACUACAUAAAGGCAAUGCGGCUUUUCAUUGGUGAUCCAGUUUGGACUCCAUUCAAUCGCCCUCAUGACCAUCUUCCAGCAAGGAAGGAAUACGUUAAAGCUUUCGUGGAUAAAGAGGCUGGUGAACACGCAGUUGAUGCUGCAGCCUGAAAUCCGGCUUUUGCUUGCUCUAUAAAUAACGUAUUUCUUUGGCUUUGAUAAACAUAUGUCUGUAUCAUGUGGGAUGUGCCUGGUGGCACCAUAGUGUUGCCUAUAAUGUUUGUAUUGUAGAAGUAAUAAAUUCCAAGCAUGUUUCCUGUUGAUCAACUGGAUUCUUAUAUAUGGAUACCUAACUUUUAAAAAAAUGAGCUAUUGCGUAAUUCCUCCUUGUGUGUAGGCUUUUGUGUUGUUUGAGGAGUGAGAUAUAAAAGGUAAAAUGUAAUGC